AGCGUCGCCCAGCGGUCUAGUACGAACGUAUACCGAACGCUUUGUGUUCUUCCUGUUCUUUGGGUUCCACCUCCGUAUUACCGUAUAGACGACGUAUCUAAAGCGAACCAGCGAUAGUGUGUGUGUGCGUUGAUCUCGUCUCUUUUUGGUUCCGGCAGACGAAGGCAGACGAAGAAAUCCAUGAAAACGAUAUCCAACAUAAACGAAAACGGGCCAAAAGAAAUUACAAGCCAAGUGCGCUUGAGUUCGUGUAUUUCCGGUUGAACAAACACAUAAGCGAAACACAUAAAAGAAAGAAAGGAAAGAAAGGCGAACGAGAAUUAUAAAAAUACUCGUAAUAAGUCAGAGCAGCACAUGCGAGACGAACACGGCCAGGACGAGCAGCCGAAACGCAGCCAGAACGGAGCAGAGCAGCAGCCAUCAGCAUAAGGCAAAGGCAACGCCAAAGCCAAAGCCAAAGGCCACAGCGAACAGCUCGAAAAGUGAAAAUACAUAGAGUCGGUGGCCACCAACCAGCAGCAGCAGCAGCAGCAGCCAAGCAGCCAGGCAGCCAAGCACCCAACAGCGAGCAUAUUUCAUAAGUUUACAGCAGCAACACUCGCUUGCUUAUAUAUAAAGCGAUUUAUAUAUAUAUAUAUAAGUACAUAGCCGGGUGCGAGCCAAGAGAAAGCAAACCGGAGAACUAGCCAACGCUAGAGGCAGAACCCGUGCCAGUGCCAGUGCCACAGUCCUCGCAUAUGUGAGACGGUGGCGACAAAGGCGAACCCCACGCGACCUUUGGCACAGAGUUCAGGCAGCUGCAAGGAGAGGUCAGCGAAUCAAUAGAGAAUCGCCAGAGAGACAGAGCGCGCAAAAGCCCUAAGGCCGCCUGGAUAUAGAACACCCGUAGAAAGCAACCAAAAUUCACUCGCAAAUUAUGCUGACCAUGUCCACUCUGAUGAUGCCAGCCCCGACCAUAGCCAUGGGUGCACCGCAGAUCACAAUGGGCCCCCACAAGCCGCCGGAAACGAAGCUCCUGGCCAUCCAUCCAGCAGCAGCAGCUGCUGCCGCAGCCCAAGCCCAGCAGCAGCAACAGCAGCAGCAGCAGCAGCAAACGGUGACAGCUGCUCAUCUGCAGCACAAUGGCCAGCAGCAACAUUCCCAACAGCAGCAGCAGCAGCAAAUGUCGCAACAGCAGUCGGCCGUGCAACAACAACAGCAGCAGCAGCAUCAGCAGAUGGUUGGCAGCAACUCCAAGCCAGAACAGUUUCACAUUUUUGUGGGCGACUUGAGUGCCGAAAUUGAGACACAGCAACUGAAAGAUGCAUUCACCCCAUUUGGAGAAAUAUCAGACUGCAGAGUGGUGCGUGAUCCGCAGACGUUGAAAUCAAAGGGAUAUGGCUUUGUCAGCUUUGUCAAGAAAUCGGAAGCGGAAACCGCCAUCACUGCCAUGAAUGGGCAGUGGUUGGGCUCGCGCUCGAUACGCACAAAUUGGGCCACACGAAAGCCGCCGGCAACCAAGGCAGACAGUGAGUAUACCCCCAUUACACAACCCAUACCAAACCCCACCAACCCAUUGUCAUCUCAAUUCGGCUUUUGCUUUUCCCUCCCCUGCCGUACAGUGAACGCCAAGCCGCUGACCUUUGACGAGGUGUACAACCAGAGCAGCCCCACCAAUUGCACUGUCUACUGUGGCGGCAUCAACGGUGCCCUCUCUGGCUUCCUCAACGAGGAGAUACUGCAGAAGACUUUCUCGCCCUACGGCACAAUACAGGAGAUACGCGUCUUCAAGGACAAAGGAUACGCAUUUGUUCGUUUCUCCACCAAGGAGGCGGCCACCCAUGCCAUUGUGGCCGUCAACAACACGGAAAUCAACCAGCAGCCAGUGAAGUGUGCGUGGGGCAAGGAGAGUGGCGAUCCCAACCAUAUGUCGGCCAUUGCCGGCCAGGCCCUGGCCCAGGGCUUUCCAUUUGGCUCAGCAGCAGCGGCGGCAGCUGCAGCGGCUGCCUAUGGGCAGCAGGUGGCCGGCUACUGGUAUCCACCGGCACCCACAUAUCCCACUGCGGCCCCGGCCAGCGCCCUGCAGCCGGGCCAGUUCCUGCAGGGCAUGCAGGGCUUCACCUACGGUCAAUUCGCCGGCUAUCAGCAGGCCGGAUACAUGGGAAUGGGCGUACAGCUGCCGGGCACCUGGCAGAGUGUGCCGGCACAGCCGCAGUUGGCGGGCGCCGCUGCUGGCACCGCACCGCAGAUCACCCAGAGCGUGGGCAGUGGGCUGCCACAGGCCACCGGAGUGGUGGCCUAUCCCAUGCAACAGUUUCAGGUCAGUCCGCAGCUGGCGGAGGAUGAGUGGCUGGCGCCUAGUUUGCUCGUGUAGCUGCCAUGAGGCGUGGCCAUGUAUCCCACACAACAACAGCAGCAGCAGCAGCAGCUACAGCAGCAGCAGCAACAGCAGCCACAAGAGCAGCAGCAGCAGCAGCAUCAGCAGCACCUGCCACUGUUGACCACGU